AUGAAACUAGCCUACAAGCUUUCGGCUGUUUGCGGAGUUUCUUAUAGUGCUGGAAAUAUAGAGUUCGGGCCAGAAGAUACAACAAUAUUAUCCCCUGUUGGGACUCGUAUUUCAAAGUUCGAUUGUUCGGCAACAUCGCCUUCUCUCAUGACUUUUCCAUUCGAAACGCGCCAGCAGAUUAAUGCAAUGCACAUUUCGCCAAAUGGGAAAUUUGUUCUUGCCAUUGAGAAACGUAUUGUCCCAAAUGAUUUAUCUUUUUCUGUAGACGGAAAGGCAGUUUUUGCCAACUAUGCCUCUGGGCAGAUUCUUUCGCGCAUGAAUUUCAAGCAUCCCGUCAGCGUGGUGAAAUUUUCGCCAGAUUCCAGGUAG